CAUUUUUGAAAGCCAACCAGAAAGUAAGCUAAGUAAGGCGUAAUCGUGUUGUCGCAGUUUAAAAUUGCAUUUAGUAUAACAUUAACAAUCUUCGAGAGAUGAACAGGAACACAACUUAUAAGUUGUUAUAGUUGACAAAAAUAAAACAUAAACACCUGACUAUUUAUAAAUUAUCGAGAUUGAUUUGAAGAAAACAAAAAAUAGAAAUAAACCAGUAAAUCGUGUUAACUCACGUGAGGUUAUUUUAUUGAAUAACUGACAAAAGUGUAUUUUUGUUUUGAGUAUAAUAUAAUUAAUUGUAUAUGCAUCAUAAUUAUUUGAAACAUCAUGCAUAACGAAAUAUAUGAUAUGGAUAAAAAGUUGUGCUUUAGUGAUUGUUCGAAUUCAAUGUCUGUCCCCUCGCCCUGUUCUUCACAAUCUUCGAUGUCCUCGGGGACAUCGGGAUACUCCAGUGCAAACAAUCUACCCCUGAUGAACUUUCCACAAUACGAUAUCAAUAGCAGUGAUAUUAACAUGACAUUCGUCCCUGCAUCACAGAAUUUCGACACAUCACACUUCAUUCAGAGGACAGCGAUGGCGACAGUCGACCCUAAUGCAAGUGUCCUUAUCGAUGGCAAAACAGUUAGUUACACAAGUCAAUUAAUUUUGCACGAAGAGCCAACAGAGAAAUUCCGUUUCCGGUACAAAUCGGAAAUGCACGGUACACAUGGUUCCCUGAAUGGUCAGCGAUCGGAGAAGAACAGAAAAACCUUUCCCGAAGUUGAGUUGAAAAACUUCACCGGGCAAGGAGUCAUCCGUUGCAGUUUAUACCAGACGAAUCUGGACAAGCCGUCGCCACAUUCUCACCAGUUAGUGGUGCGCAAAGAUGACAUGGACGAAUGUGAUCCCCAUGAUGUUUACGUGUCCCCGGAAAAAGGCUACAUAGCCCGUUUCGAGAACAUGGGAAUUAUUCACACAGCAAAGAAAAACAUUUGCGAUGCACUUUAUGCUAAGAAAAAACAAAAAAUGAAAUUCGAAAUGGGCCUCACGGAGCUUUCACAGCGCCAAGAGAAGACUUUGCGAGAUGAGGCAGAACGUGAGGGAAAACAUAUGAACUUGAAUCAGGUUCGCUUAUGCUUUGAAGCCUUUAAAAUUGUCGAUGGUGGAUGGAUGAAGAUAUGCGAACCGAUAUUUUCCCGCCCGAUCAACAAUCGAAAAAGUGCCCUCACGGGUGAAUUGAAGAUCUGCCGACUAAGCAGUGUAGCUGGUGGUGCUGCUGGUGGCGAAGACAUCAUAUUGCUUGUGGAAAAAGUAAGCAAGAAAAACAUUCAAGUUCGAUUCUUUGAGAUGCGUGACGACGAUUUGGUUUGGGAGGCAUUUGGUGAUUUCUCCGAUGCCGAUGUACAUCAUCAAUAUGCCAUAACGGUGAGAACGCCACCGUACAAAAACAAAGACAUUGACAAAAGCGUAGAUGUGUCGAUUGAGUUGGUCAGAAAGAGCGAUGAUGAACGAAGUACACCAGUUGAUUAUCGAUACAAGCCGCGUGAAAUAAUUUUGUCGAGGAAGAGGAGACGCACAUCGUAUUCGACAUCGACCACUUCAAGUGCUGUAAGUUCAUCAGAACUUCCUGAAUCUGUUGUAACAGGAAUGCAUCCUGUGGCACCACAUUCACCGCAGACCAUAAGUCAGGAGUUCAAUAAAAGCGAGGAGCUAAACGCCCUUUUGCAAACGAGUUCCUAUGAAACAUCAUUCCAGCGUUAUAUGCUGAAAGUCACAAAUGAUUCGGCCGAACUAGCUCAGAAUAUAAAUCCCGACCUAUUUAACGAUCUGUGUAAACUAAUUGGACCAGAUGGUGAACUCCAAACAGAUGGUGAAACAACUAACAGUAGACACAGAACAAAGUUUUCAGACCCAUGUACAUCGUCGAAGAAAAUAAAUCCCAUGUCAACUCCACAUCAACCACAACAUCCCGCUAUGAGACAUCUCAGAAGUGCCAUCAAGGAUAAACCAUCCACUCCUGAGCAGGUUGCAACAACAAUUCGUAGAAUAUUUGAGGAUUUUUCUGCCGAAAAUGACAGUGGCGACACAAUAGUUCAUGACAUGGUAAAGAACGGUCAAAGGAAUGAUGCGAUUAUUCUUUUUAAGAUUCUUUCGAAGCUCAACUUGACCGACUUGCUGUCACAAACAAACAACCUCGGACAAACACCACUACAUACAGCGUGUCUAUACGACCAGCCUAUGUUUAUCAGACCUCUUUUGGGACUGAAUUGCGAUCUUAACGUGCAGGAUAGUGAGGGCGACACAGCUCUACACAUUGCAAUCACCGAAAAUCUCAAAGAAUGUCUUGAAGGAUUUGCAUCCUUCAUAUCAUCAUCAGCAGAUGGCGUUAAGUUCAAUGCCAAUUUAGCCAACGACAACGGCUUUACCCCUCUUCAUUCCGCCAUUAGGCAGGGCAAUCUCAACUUUAUUGAGGUUCUCCUCACCAAGUGCAAUGCUUCUGCAAAGGUUGCAAGUUCCCGUGAUGGCAACAAUGCUCUGCACUUAGCUGUUCAACAUCAAAGUCCGGAAAUGAUCAAGUGCCUCCUGAAUCACGGAAAAAUUCAAGUAAAUGCUAAAAACCGUUCGGGACACACAGCUAUCGAUCUAGCAAAGGCCCUAGAUGGCAAUGUUAAAAAAGAAAUUCUAGACCUUCUGAUGACAAAGCUACCUGCAUCGAGCAACAUCAAUAGUAAUAACAAUGUCGAACAACAAACAGCUGAUGCCAUCAAAGACGAACCAGAAGAAGAAAAUGACAGUUCAACUGAGGAAGAUGAUUCUUUGAGUUCAGAAAUCGAUGAACGCAACGAGGAAUUGCACUUUAAGCGAUUACUUCAAGACGAAGCUAAAUGUCGUAGUUUGGGAGAGAUUUUGGAUGUUGACAAUAAAUGGAAGAAACUUGGCAGCGAACUGAAAUUGGAUCAUUUACUAUUUCUUUGGCCCAAUGGAGAAACUAUGCUGAAGUUUCUUGUCGCAACUGAUGAUAUGAGUGCGAUGAAGAUUUUAAAUGCCUUGCACACUGUCGAUCCGGAAGUUGGAAACAAAGCAAUGGCCAUGUUGAAAACAUAAUUUUGAUAUUUUCUCUUUGUUUUUUAUAUACCUAUUAAAAAGUAUAUUUGUAUGAAUGUAUUGAGAGUAGAUUUAAGUUUGUAAAUAUGUAGUUGUUAUGUUUACUAAAAAAAUAUUAUAUUCGUAAAAAAAAAUUAUUUUUAUAAAUAAAACUAUCUUCUAUUAUUAAAGUUUUUUUAAACUUUAUUAAAAA